UAUUCGCCCCAUCUUCUUCCCCCUUCUGGAGCCUUCGUGCUGGGUUUGUCGCGAACCCAGGCAUUGGGUUCGUUGCGCCUAGCUCCGGCCAUCCAUUUCAUCUGGCUAGCAUCAAUAGGUAGGCCCAGCGCAACCUAUUGAUGGCUGGAGCAUCUGAUUCUCCAAAGAAGGUAUGGAGAGUGAUGAAGAGAUUCGGAGAAUGCCGAAACUUGGUGGCGAAGCAGCUGAAGCCUCGGCAGCCAGUCGAGAUGGCAGCUCAGUAUCUGGUCCAGAUCGGGUUCAGCCAUCCGAGGUAGGUCAGAGGAAGAGGGGUCGGAGCCCGGCUAAUAAGGAAAACAAGCGCCUGAAGAGCUGUGCUGUUUUGCGUGGAGUAAAGGUUGUUGAGGAAGUUUCAGCGCAGCAAGCAAGGGAGAGGAAAAAGGCUUACUUGAAUGAGCUAGAGACCAGAGUUAAAGACUUGGAGAAAAAGAACUCUGAGCUUGAAGAGAGGCUUUCUACUUAUCAAAACGAGAAUGAGAUGCUUAGACAAGUAAUUUGUCUCUGGGAGGGUCAACCUAUUGAUGCUAGCCAGAAGAAAUCGAUGGCUGGAGCUAGGCGCAACGAACCCAGUGCCUGGGUUCGCGAUGAACCCAAUGUGAAGGCUCCAGAGGAUAAGACAGAAGGGGGAAGAAGAUGGGCAAAUAAGUAAUUACAAAAUAAUCUUUGAAAUAUUUA